AUGACCUCGCUGAAACCGUUCUCCGGUCCUUUAAGAAAGCUUGUUCUCGCUUUCGAUGUCGGGACCACUUACAGCGGGAUUGGAUAUGCAAUUCUGGACCCUGGUGAGGCCCCUAAGAUCCAAUGCGUCACGCGCUUCCCCGGUCAAGAGAACGGGGAUUUCAAGAUCCCGUCCGUCCUGUGGUAUACCCAGGAGGGUAAAGUCCGUGCAGCGGGAGUUGAGGCUCGUGACCCAGGGAUGACCUUGAUUGCGGAGGACGAGGACCUUAUUUUUGUGGACUGGUUUAAGCUCCACCUACGCCCAGGCGCUAUGCAGUCAGAGGGUCUCCAUGCAGCCGACAUCAAGCCUCUUCCCCUUGGAAAGACGGUCAUCGAAGUCUUCGGUGAUUUUCUCGCCUACCUGUUUAAUUGCGCGAAACGCCAUCCUAACGGAUGGGAAGGCUCCCAACAAGGUAAAAUGCAGCAAGCCGCUGUCUACGCAGGGCUCAUCCCCGACACUUCGGCCGGGCAUGCCCGCUUGCACUUCGUGACGGAAGGCGAGGCCAGCUUGCUCUAUUGCAUGGAUAAUGGCCUCGCUUCAGAUGCCAUUCGGGCUGACUCCACAGUUAUGAUUAUUGAUGCCGGAGGUGGCACCGUUGACUUGAGCACGUACAAAUUUGCUACUAUCAAUCCGGUGUCAGCCGAAGAGAUUGCACCCCCUGACUGUACGCUAGGCAUCAUUUCAACCGCUAUUCAGACUGAUGCCCCGCGUUUAGGUAUCUUACACGGCUCGACGCGCGUGAAUAUGCUUGCUAGCGAAUUCCUCAAAGCCCGCCAUCUCACCUUACACCUAGCGAAACUCUGCAACUCGAAGUACGGGAACGAGGAAGACCUCAAAACUAUGCUGGAAAGCUUCGAGAGGUCCACAAAGCCGACGUUUAAGGAUCCUUCGGAUCGAUCUUUCAUCAAAUUUGGCUCGAUGAGAGAUCGCGACCCAGACGUCGGGAUCCGCGGCGGACAACUUACCUUAGAGGGAGCUGAGAUAGCCAACUUCUUUGAGCCUUCCAUCACAGCUAUUGCCAAUGCAGUUCGUGUACAACGUUCGGCUGCUACAGAGGUGGUGAAGACCGGCUUCCUUGUCGGCGGCUUUGCUGCCAGUCCCUGGCUGUAUGCGCGGCUCAAGGCUGUUUCACGCGAUCUCGGCAUGGAUCUGUCUCGCCCCGAUAGUCAUGCCAACAAAGCUGUCGCAGAAGGCGCCGUGUCCUUCUUCCUAACCCACUCCAUCGCUGCGCGUAUGUCACGGUUGACGUACGGUACCAAGUGCGUGACACGCUACGACCCGAACGACAUCGAGCACAUUCGGCGCCAUCACCGCAUAUUUACGCGUCCGUCCGGGAACCAGAUCGUCCCUGACGUGUUCCGCGCGCUGCUAACAAAGGGCACGAGGCUAACCGAGGACGCUGAGUUCCGCUGCUCGCUCUUCCGCGAAGCUACCGAAUCAUUCCACCUCGACAAUAUUUCGGCAAUCAUCACCGUGUAUCGCGGGAAGGACAAGUGCCCGCGCUGGGUGGACACUGAGCCCGGUGCGUCUGUUGCACAACGUGCCCUACCGUGCCACAUCUCAUCUCCCGCAACAGAGUUCUUCUCGCAGAUUUGCACCGUGUAUGCGGACACGUCGCGCGUCCUGAAGAAGAAGCGCAAUGGCCCGAAAGGUGCGUACUACACCCAGGACUACGACGUCGUCAUCCUCUGCGGCGCAACGGAGCUGCAGGCUCAGAUUCGCUGGUUCGAAAACGGUAUGGAAAGGCGGUGA